UUCUCACAACCUUUCUUUGUGGGCACUGCCAUGUGUAUCUGCCUUGGUCUCUAGACCUAUUUAUUUUUUAACUGGCAGCAUCUUUACCUGUAUAUUUCUUGUUUACCUCAAGAUAAUGUUUUAUGAGGCGGGGAUGUAGCUUGAUUGAUAGAGUGCCUGCCUAAUACAAACAAGGCCAUGUAUUCAAUCCCUAGCUGUGGCAUUUUGAAUUGUAAUAGGCUCCCAUAAGAUCACAGUGAAUGGCACUUUAAUUUAGAAGGUGGGCUUGUUGAAGUAGGUGUUGCCUAGUUGGAGGAAGUGUGCCACUGUGAGGGUAGGCUUUCAGGUCUCCUAUGCUCAAGCUGCACCUAGUCAGUUCACAUCCCGUUGCCUGUAGAUUAAGAUGUAGGCAGCAUCAAGUCUUGCUAUGAUAAUGAACUAAACUAUUUGUGGUAGCACAUACUAGGAGUCUCAGUACUUAGCAGGUACAGGCACUAGGGUCAGGAAUUCAGAGUUAUUCUAGACUACAUAGUUUAAGGCUAGCCUGGGCUAUAUAAGACCCUUUUUCAAACACAAAACAAGUAUGAAUAUUUUGAUUAUUUUAGAUGCCGAAGUCACUUUUUGAAGAGUAUAUACAAGCAGAAUCUAUAUGAUUUCACUGUGUAGUGUCCUCCUGAAAAUUGCAUGUAUAUCAAACUUACUGAUCUCUUGGUACUUGUAAUAUGGAAAAGCUCCUCUGGAGAGGAGUGACUCCCACUGUCCACUGCUGAAUUUUGUGCUUAUUAGGUGACUUCAUAAGUUCGCACAAUAAGACAACAUCUGUCACUAAUGUCAGCCCAGGUGUUUGGAGGGCAGGUGGGAGUCUGUACCUGCUGUCAGGGGUGGGGGGUGAAUUGGUUGCUCCUCACUGAGUAGCUUCUUUCAUGUCAUAGCAGUCCCAGUCUAUGUGCUCUCUGCAAGAGCCAAGUAUGACUGCUGUAUGCAGUGCUUAGGCAUAUGGUAGCCACAGCACAGGACUUUCCAGUCUCCACAGGAACAGUUAUACUUGUGCUCUCUGAGGAUGAAAUAUGCAGUAAAGCCUAUGUUUUUGUUUGUUUCAUUUUGAGACAAAGUCUCACUGUAUAGCCUUGGCUAAUAUGGAAUUCACUAGCUAGAUCACCACUCACAAGAGAUCCAUCUGAUUGCCUCCUGAGGGUUGAGAUUAAAGGCUUGCACCAUCACACCCAGCAGUAUGUUCUUGAAAAUUGUUUUUAGUGUAAUGAGCAUGUACAGGUAGUACUUACCUUGUUUCUAAUUGCUCUUCUUACAUGUGUCUCUGAAGUAGGGAUUCUCAGCACUGAUUAUGGUAGAAGAUUGGUGGAAUGCUUACCCAGAAUAGAAAUAGAAUUUCUCCAUCUCCAUGCCAUUUGUGGGCUAGACGAUUGUGUUGUUGCAGCAGCCUUUUGUGUCCUGUAGUGGCCCUGGAAUUGCCUGCUCACUGCCUGCAGUCUCUCACCAACAAACACAACGCUAAAUAUUGCCAGAUGUCCCAUGGAACAAAUUGACUGCUGGGGGCUGGAGAGAUGGAUGAGCAGUUAAGAGUACUUGCUGCUCUUCCACGGGACCCAGGUUCAGUUCAGAGCACCUACUUUGUGACUGACAUAACUCUCGUUCGGGGGGGGGGUCUUCUGCCCUCUUCUGGCCUCUGUAGGCACUGCUUGUGGUGCUCAAACAUCUAUGCAGGCAAAAUAUUUGUGUAUUUGUUGAUUUUUCUGUAGGAUGAACUUGAGGUUGUGAGGCUACUUUGCACUUAGAAUUUUGGCUGCCAUCCCUCAGAGCUGGUCAGCUGUUUAUAGUCUCACACUAUAUAAAGAGUAGAAGUAUCAUUUUUAAAAAUAUGUUUCUCAGCUUUUUUGGUCCAGGGUAGCCUGGCAGGUGAAAGGGUUCUCAAUGAUUUGAGUUGAAUGAGCUUCUACACAUGUUUUUUUGCUGUUGGUUUUAAUUGCUUGAUAGGACUAAAAUCAGACAUUUGUGAUUGGAGUUACAAAUGUUUGUUUCUAUUUUUCACUUAACAUAGGAGGAAUCUCACCAUAGGUGAAGUAUUCUUUUUCCUAUAGCCAAAAAAGGUUUUAGUGUUUUUCUGCAUUAAAUUGUAAUUCAUGGUCAAUAAGUCUGCACAUUUGAAAUGUACAAGUUUAGUACUCUUUUUUUUCUUUUGGUAUUCUACGAUUAAGUUCAGAUCUUUGCACAUGCUAGGUGAGUAUUCUGCUUGUGAACUAUACCCAGCCCUGGGAUUUUUGUUUUAAGACAGGGUCUCAUUAUGUAUCCCUAGGUGGCCUGUAGUUCAAAGGGAUCUGUCUCCUCGUGCCUUGAAAGUGUGGAGAUUAAAGGCAUGUGCUACCAUGGCAACCAGUCCUUAGAUUUUUGAGACAGAGUCUUGCUAUGUAGGUUGUGCUAAAUAAGAGCAGUAGGCUUUGGACAAACACCACAUGCAGAGAAUUUGCAAAACCUGUAAAACAAUUGAUUAUCUUUUUUGAAGUUACCUGAAACCCCUUUGGCAGCUUUUUAGACAGAAUUUCUCUACCAGUCUGUUUCUCUGGGCACCCAGCUAUGACAGAUUAGGAAGAACAAAUAAAAAGGCUACCCCGCUAGACACAGGAAGUAACCUUACUAGACACAGGAAGUAACCUCACUAGACACAGGAAGUAACCCCACUGGUGAGAUUAGAAGAGAGAAGAGCUACUGAAUUUGACAAAAAGAUGAAAAGACGAAGAUUUAGGAAAAAUAAAUCCAAGAUAAAAAGUUUUAUCUCUAAAUAACAUGACUAAGAAUUUAAGAGCUGUUUUUUCAUGUAAACCACCAUUACACAAAUCUGUUUUAAUUUUAAUUACUUUUAUAAGAAGAGGGGAAAGUGUAAUUUCUAUAGGGCUUUCAUGAAAAGUUUUUUUUUUUAAACACUCUUGAAAACUAAAUGGGGAUGCUGUAGGCUCCAUAGCUGAGCAAGCAGGAGCAGGUUGGUGUUUGGUGCUGUGAGCACUGCUGCAGGGAGCUGUGUGAGGUCCUGGAGGAGCUUGGAAGCUGCGGCAUGGAUGCAGUGACCUAUGAGGAUAUGCAUGUGAACUUCACUAAGGAAGAGUGGGCUUUGCAUGAUUCUUCCCAGAAGAGUCUCUACAAAGAUGUGAUGAUAGAAACCUACAGGAGCCUCACUGCUAUUGGCUGCAAAUGGGAAGACCAGAAUAUCAAAGAAUAUCAUCAACAUUCUCGAGGACAUGGAAGGUACCAAAGAUGUAAUUCCGCAGAGAAACACUGAAUGUAAGCAAUGUGGUUAAGCCUUUGUAAGUCACCAUGGAGAUCGCUAUAAUCAUCAGAUUCAUGAAUCAAGUCAUACUGCAGAGAAAUUCUACGAAGGUCCUUCUCCGUUGCUGUGAGAAAACAAAAUGUCUAAAGCAAUGUUGGCUUAUGGUUUCUGAGGGAAAAGAGUUCCUCAUGACAUUGAACCUGAGAGCUUACAUCACCAACCUGAAAGCUUGAAUCACAGCGUGGGAACUAGAUGUGGAGUGAAGCUUUAAACCCUCAAACACCCGUCCCAGUGAUGAUUUCCUCUAUCAGCGUGGCAUUUCCUAAACCUUCCCAAACACCACCACCACUGGACACCAGUGUGCAAAUGCCUGGAAGCAUGGAGGACGUUUCUCAUCCAAACCACCACAUUAAUUAACAUGGCAAAGCCUUCACAUGUCACUGUCGCCAUCAGAGACAGGAGUGAAAUAUUGGAGAGAAACCUUAUGAAUGAAAACAAUGUAUAAAAAGCCUUUUACCAACAUGGCUGCCUUCUGCUACAUCUACUGAUUCAUGAUGAAGCAAAAUUCUGUAGGUAAGCCUUUAGAUACUAUAUCAUCUGGGUUAUAGGAGUGAAUUGUUCCCUUAGAAAUAUAUUUCUGUAACAGUUAUGAGCAUGAGUCAUGUUUCUUUAAAGAUUUGUUUUAUUUUUUAACUAUGUUAUGCCAAUAUAUCUACAUGUGGGUAUAUGCAUGUUUUUUGUUGGUGCCCUGUGGAGGACCGCAACCACAUACUCCA